AUGGUGACCGUCGCGGGGAGCUCAACGGGGCCACGACGGCGCCAUGAAUAUCUGACAGCGAUGCUGGCGCUGCUCGUGGCGCUGGUGCUGGCCCUGCUGGGCUCCCGGGGGGCGCUCGCGCAGUGCCCCUCGCCCUCCGAGCUGCGCCCCUCGAACGGGACCCGGCUCUGCGCGCUGCUCUACGCCGACAACAGCCCCUACUACGAGCAGUGCUGCGCCGGGGACGCGCUCGAGGUGCUCCCGGGCGCCGACCUGCCCUACCUGCCCCUCGGCUGGGCCGGCCGCGCCUCCUCGCUCGUGGUGGGCACCAGGUGCGAGCUCACCGUGUGGUCCCGACCAGCCAAGGAGGGGAAAUCGCGGCACUUCGGGGCGGGAGCGGUGCCGCGGCUGCAGGAGGUGAGGAAGGGGCUCUUCGGGGACUGGAACAACGCCAUCCGAGCGCUGUACUGCACCUGCAAGUGA